UCUUUCUGUCAGUCAGUCUUUUCCAGACUACGACAAACUAUGCAAAAGAACUUAACGACAAAGGAUUACAAUGCUAAAGGAUACGAAAUGACAUAAAACAUAAUGUUGCAACUUAUACGAACUUAGCAAAAAGUAAAGUCCAGAGUUUAGUUCAAGGGCCAAAAGUCGCAUGUACUAAUGUAUAAAUAAGCUCCGGUUCCUGUGACAGACAUCUAGUCUCUCAGCGAUACUAACAAUGCCGCCCAAAGGAGGAGGAAAAGCUGCCAAGAAGGCCGGUAAGGCCAGGCCUGCUAGGGCCAAAGGCAAGGGGAGGAGAAAGAGAAAGGAGUCUUACGGUGUCUACAUCUACAAGGUGCUCAAUCAGGUGCACCCCGACCCUCCUGGUGUCUCCAGCAAGGCCAUGGGCAUCAUAAACUGCUUCCUCAACGACAUCUUCGAGCGUAUCGCUGGCGAGGCUUCACGCCUGGCUCACUACAACAAGCGCUCCACCAUCGGCAGCCGGGAGAUCCAGACUGCCGUGCGUCUGCUGCUGCCUGGUGAGUUGGCCACGCACGCCGUCAGCGAGGGCACCAAGGCCGUCACCAAGUACACCAGCUCCAAGUAAAUCGACGUGAACCAGCAAAACCACCGGCCCUUUAAUAUCAGGGCCACCCAAAUCUAAAGAAAGAGCUAAGCCUUACACAAUCUUUUCUGCUAUCUAGACAGUAGUAUUGCCAUUAUGAACUAUAUCUAACCCAGAAGUAUUUUUUUUAAACAUGAUUUGUUACAGUGUUAAAUGUUAAAGACUGAAAACUGUAUAGCACCAAGAUGCAUGGUCAUGCAAACUACCGCCUGAUUAAUCGCGCUUCUCAGGCCCGUCGUACAUUGCCGCGCCCACAAGAGGCUACAAGCUCCGGAUAGCGGAUUUUGCGUUACACAGACUAGGGUGUUAACCUGGUAAGGAUUACCGACUCUUCCUUUCUAACAGAAUCAUUUUUUUUAAAAUCAAAUUUGAAAGUCAUCAAACCUUUCCAAUUGUUUAAAGCCCUAACGGAGCUACGUUACUGAAAUCACUUUGUAUCCACAAACAAGCGGUCACGUUCCAUUUCUCAAUCUAGGUUUUUGCACAGUCCAUUGCUAAGACGGUGUAAAUACCAGGGUCUGUCGGAGCUUUUUUG